AUGUUCCAUUCAGAAGCUGAGCAAAACUCCUUGGAAUCGACUCGACAUUCCCGAUUCAUAUCUGGCUACGCAGAUACAACCCUUACGAUCCAAUAUCAGAAUGACCUUGAAAUUAUUGGGGUAGGAGCUGCGGGCCAAGUGUAUGCUGUCAAUGAGCACACAGUCUUGAAGGCAUGCAGAAUUUACGAGCCUCCUUCACCUAAUGCCACUGCAAGGGUGCUUUGGGACUAUUCUUCGGAGACUGUGUUCCACUAUGUGAUCUUGAAAGACGAAAGGGAGGUCUUGCAGUUACUUGCGGAUCAUCCUCAUCCAAAUAUCAUCGAAGUAAUUGACGUGGACCAGCCCGAGGGUAUCUAUCUUCGUAAAUACCAACAGUUUUCUGAUUUGAUGCCCGCACCACAAAUGGAACGGAUUCUAUGGUAUCAAGAAAUUCUACGGGCUCUUUCACACCUUCACGAGCUGGGUAUCACCCAUUCAGACAUUCGGAUUGACAAUAUUCUAUUUAACUUUGAACGCCAUGCAUUACUCAGUGAUUUCGGUGCCAGCUGUCCAUUUGGCUACCCGAAUCCAUCUUUACUCCUUCUCAUGAAUGGAGUCUCUGACGUGGUAUCUGAUGUGACAGACCGCUUUGCAAUGGCUUCCAUGAUCUACGAGCUGGAAACCGGGGGACGCCCCGAUAUCUCCAUUAAUAGCAGCAAGGAAUUAUAUUUCCCCACCGUUCAGACUGGAGACGUGGUUCUCGACGCUUUGAUCCAGAAUGCUUGGCAAGGAUCCUUUGAUUCCACGCUUGCAAUGUUACGACAUGCAGAAAAACUUGGCUACGGAAGGGACAUUCGCCAACCGACUAUGCAUUCUGUGUCCAAGACAGAAUUACGGGAGCAGGUACUAUUAUGGCGAACUGGCCGAAUCAAUAAAUAUGGGUGUGUGCUUUUCUCUCUGCUGACCGAGAGCCAAAUACAAGCUCUGGCAGAACGUUACGGCUGGCAGCCGCGACGAGCGACGAUUUGGAAGCCGGCCCCUACUGCCCCUCCCCACAUCGACAAAGAUCAAUGA